AUGGUAGAUAUAUUUAGCAAAUUUCAUUUAAGUAAUGAUAACAUAGUUUCUACAGUAACGGAUAAUGAUUGCAACUUUGUAAAAUCAUUUAAGGAGUUUGGAUGUAAAAUAAAGAUAUCAAUCACUGAUUCAGACACAGACUCUAACGAAGGUAUAUAUUAUACAUAAAUUAUUUUAUAAUGAUUGAUUUUAUAACGGGUCAAUAUAUUUAGGUAUGCACUAAGAUCUUAACGAAUACAAUGAGUUAUCAUUUUUGGUUAUUGAUGGAAAUGAAGAUGGAGACAUCCUACUACCAGUACUACCCCAAAAUUUACGUUGUGCUUCACAUACACUUAGUUUAUUAGUGACAACAGAUUUCCAGAAUAUAUUAAAGAAUUCAAAUGCCAAAAAGUACCAUCAUCCAGCAUUAUCAAAAUGUUCGACUUUUAUGGAAUUUGUCACAAAGACUGAAAUCAUCAGAAGUUAUUAG